AUGGGUCAUCACUCGUGCUGCAAUAAGCAAAAGGUGAAGAGAGGGCUUUGGUCACCAGAAGAGGACGAAAAGCUCAUCAACUACAUCAAUACAUAUGGGCAUGGAUGCUGGAGCUCUGUUCCCAAACAUGCAGGUUUGCAGAGAUGUGGAAAGAGUUGUAGAUUAAGAUGGAUAAAUUAUCUAAGACCUGAUCUCAAACGUGGAAGUUUCUCUCCUCAAGAAGCUGCUCUUAUCAUUGAGCUUCAUAGCAUUCUUGGAAACAGAUGGGCUCAGAUUGCUAAGCAUCUACCUGGACGAACAGAUAACGAGGUCAAGAAUUUCUGGAACUCAAGCAUAAAAAAGAAACUCAUGUCUCAUCAUCAUCACCAUCAUCAUGGUCAUCAUCAUCAUCUUCAUAUCUCCUCCAUGGCAAAUUUGCUCACCAGCCUUCCAUAUCACAAUGGAUUCAACCCUACUAUUGGCGACGACGAAGGUUCAAGAUUCAUGUCCAAUAUCAUCACAAACACUAACCCUAAUUUUAUCACUCCAAGCCACAUCCCUCUUCCUUCUCCUCAUGUUAUGACCCCAUUGAUGUUUCCAACCUCUAGAGAAGGAGAUUUCAAGUUUCAUCAAGAUAAUAACCUUUACAAUAGUCUCGACAUUCUGUCAGCCACACCAGUCAUAAACAAUCAUCAUCAUCAUGAUAAUGAUCCCCAAUGGCCUUCACUACCAGAUCUCCCGGCGAGUACCAUUGCCACUUUUCACGAACCUCUUCAAGAUUAUGAUGAUGGUGACAAACUCAACGUGUUUGUAACACCAUACAACGAUAAUGGUGAUCCUCGGAGCAUUCCAUUUGUGGCCACAAAGUUAAUAUGUGGACAAGUUCUUGAAGGCAAAGUAUUAUCCUCUCCCUCUCCAACUUCACAAGACCACGGCCUUCUUCUCCCCGCCACGUACAACUUGGAAAUUCCUGGUGAUCAUCAUCGAGUGGACUCAUACAUCAAUCACAUGAUCAUACCAUCAUCAUCAUCCUCAUCAUCCCCAAUCUCUUGUGGACAGUACGUCAUCACUUAA